GUAAAACCAAACAGUCCGGACCAAAUAGAAAUCAAAGAAAAAUAGUUUUCCUCGGGCAAACAAGAAGCAGUAAGCAGUACAAUUCCCAAUUCAACAGAACAACCCUAAUUUUACAAAUGCUCCCCACCGGGAAAAUGCAUUGAACCGGAAAGACCCAGAAAAGUUCUCGACUCCGACGAACCUGGAAAUGGAGUCGAGCAUACUGGAAUCGAUCGGGGUGGAGAUCAUCGGAGUAAUGUCCCCAGUCUCGAUCUGCAUGCUUCUGGUAGUUCUGAUCGUCUACUCCCUCUGCCCUGCCACCGAUUCAGCGCCGCCGAUUCGCUCCGCUGCUAACCUCGUUUACCUGGAGGUACCCACCGACUCCACUGUCCAGAAGCUUGAGGGCGCCUUGCUCAAUGCCUUGGUUUUCGUCAUCAUAAUUGCCGUCGUCACUUUCCUUCUCGUUCUGCUCUACUACUACAAUUGGACCGGAUUCUUGAAGAAUUACAUGCGCUUUUCCGCAUUUUUCGUGCUGGGGAGCAUGGGGGGCUCGAUUUUCCUGUCAAUAAUUCAGCACUUCUCAGUACCCGUCGAUUCAAUCACCUGCUUUGUUUUGCUGUUCAAUUUUACAAUUGUGGGUGUAUUAUCGGUCUUCUCCAGUGGCAUACCAAUCUUCUUGAGGCAAUCAUAUAUGGUAGCACUGGGAAUAUUUGUGGCAGCUUGGUUUACGAAGUUACCAGAAUGGACUACUUGGACGCUGCUAGUAGCAUUAGCAAUCUAUGAUUUGGUUGCAGUUCUGGCACCUGCUGGGCCACUCAAGUUGUUGGUCGAGUUGUCCCAAAGCAGGGACGAGGAGCUACCGGCGCUGAUAUAUGAAGCACGGCCAACUGUUUUAGCCAAUUCACGUCAUCAAGGCCGGAGCUUGGAGCUUCUGUUUGGUGCAGCUUCACAAUCGGGAUCAGUGGAGAUGCAACCCGUCUCUGGGAACCACAUUGGGACUAGGGAAGGUGGCGAGCAGAAUGUGCAUCCAGAAGUUAUUGUAUCCGAGUCCACGAAUCCAGGGAAUUUGGAAGGUCUUCUGCGACAAGGAGAUGAAGUUGAGAGGUCUCCACUGGUGGGUGGUGGUUUGGGUGGAAGGUCAUCUUCAAGCAGUGUUGGAUCAGAGUAUUCGGUAGUUGUUGGCAGUCGUGAUGCCCCUGAGAUUGUUGCAGACGAAGAAAGAUCUCCUCUGGUUGAGUCUAGGAGACGUGGCAGUGGGAAUGAGAGUGCCGAGAGAGGGAUGGAUGAUGAUGGUUCGGAGUCUGAGUUAGCAAGUAGUGGGAUUAAGCUGGGUCUAGGAGACUUCAUUUUCUACAGUGUCCUUGUUGGUAGGGCUGCAAUGUAUGAUCUAAUGACAGUGUAUGCAUGCUACCUUGCUAUUAUUUCAGGGCUUGGCUGCACUCUCAUUUUGUUGUCGGUCUGCCGUCAAGCUCUGCCGGCUCUCCCGAUCUCAAUAGCAUUGGGAGUCGUCUUUUACUUCUUAACGCGGUUAUUGAUGGAACCUUUUGUUGUUGGGACAGCAACGAAUCUGUUGAUGUUCUGAGAGACAAAUGAGAAAAUGAUAUUUUCUUUUGGGUUCCACUUGCUAAGCCUACAUUAAUGUCAAUAGGUAUGUCUUCUCGAGACUAUUCUUCUGCUGAUAUUAUUACUCUUCAAAGAAAAAAACUAACUCUCUGUCGAUCUCUUGUAUCAUGCGAACUUCUCACAAUUGAAAAACUUGACCGUAAUUCAAGUAUCAGGAACGUCAGGUCUAGGUAUAUAAAGGUGCUGCCUUCUUCUAUGCUCGAGUGUUUGUACUUGUCGUAGGUAUUCGCCAAAUUUAGAAUUUCUUCUGUUUAGACUCUGAAGUCCUCGCAGGCAGCAAUAGAUUCGUGUGGUUAUGAAAUGGCUAUCUCAGUUCAUUGAAUGAUCUGAUUAGAAGACCUUUUUCGGAGUCUGGGAUCAGUGUUUUGGAGAGGAGACUGAUCUUUAGUAUGGGUGUGUUGGGAUCCAUGGUUCAACUGUGAAAAAGCUGACAUUAUUAGAUAAAAGUACUACCCCUGGGCCCUGUCCUAGAUUCCCAUUCUUCAAGAGAUUAUGUUGGUUUUGCUCAACGUGACUUAGAUUCCUCGAGUUAGGAUUAUGAAAGCCAUGGAGCCACAAUGCCGAAAUAGGAUGCGUUCGCAUAUAGGUGAGCAUCUGACAGUUGAGAAGUGAGAAUCAAUGUCUU